AUGACUGCUGGAAAGGGAGCUAUUGAGACAGGGGAGGAGCUGAGAGUUGAUGUCACCACAGAGGCCUUUCUGGUUAAUAGUGGCCCUCAUCUCUUGCAGACAGAGGUGGAGGAAACCCUCAAGAGAAUCCAGAGCCACAAAGGGGUCAUUGGAACGAUGGUGGUCAAUGCAGAAGGCAUUCCAAUCCGAACUACCCUGGACAACUCGACAACGGUCCAAUACGCGGGUCUUCUCCACCAGCUGACCAUGAAGGCCAAGAGCACGGUCCGGGACAUUGACCCCCAGAACGAUCUGACUUUCCUCAGGAUCAGAUCAAAGAAACACGAAAUCAUGGUAGCCCCAGAUAAGGAGUAUCUUCUGAUUGUCAUCCAGAACCCGUGUGAGUAG